AUGACAGACGCGAACGUUCUCUUGACCGAGGUGGCGACGGUCUCGGAAGAUGAUCUUCGAGAGGCGUCUCAGCGACUCGGACUGACCAUCAAGGAGGAGGAGACUGAGGACUACCUCAAGCUCAUGGGGCAGUUCAAGCAGUCUCUCGACAUGGUUAUGCGCUUUCCAGACCAUAUGCCACCCGUCGACUACGAUGUUUUCCCUCGAUACAACAUUCGCGCACCGCCGGACGCAGAAAAUCGGUUGAAGGGCUGGGCGACCAAGGUGACUGUCAGCGGGAGGCGUGGUGGUUGUCUCGAGGGCAAGACCAUUUGUCUGAAGGACAACAUCUGCCUGGCUGGCGUUCCCUGCCAGUUCGGCACGGAUGUCGUCUCGGAAUUCGUCCCCAGCACGGACGCCACUAUUGUGACCCGCAUCCUCGAGGCGGGCGGCAACAUCAUCGGGAAGGCUACUUGCGAGAACAUGUCUCACGGCGCGGCAUCCGACUCCUCGCCUGGACGCCCAGUCGAAAACCCGUACGCCAAAGGGUUCAGCGCUGGUGGUUCUAGCUCUGGCUGCGGCGCGCUCAUUGGCUCUGGCGAAGUUGAUAUGGGCAUGGGCGGUGACCAAGGCGGUAGCGUUCGCUUGCCUGCUGCUUUCUGUGGUCUGGUCGGGCUGAAGCCUACGGUGGGCCUGGUGCCUUACACUGGCGUCUUGUCUUCGGAGGCCAGUGUGGACUACGUUGGGCCUAUGACGAGGACUGUGCUUGACAAUGCGCUCCUACUCGAGAUCGUCGCUGGCUACGAUGGGAUCGACGACCGCCAGCUAGGCGCCCCCGCUCGCGCUUUCGUCCCUCAUUACGCGAACGACGUUCUCUCUUCCAGGCGACCCGAAUAUCCUCUCAUGGGCAUACGUAUCGGCAUUCUUCAGCAGGGCAUCGAGCUUCCCCGACUGCAGCCUCAGGUCGGGCGCCUCUUCGAGCUCGCAGUCCAGCGCUUCCGACACCUUGGCGCGCAGGUCACUCCCGUCUCCGUCCCACGGCACCGCGAGAUUCUCCCCGUGAUGACCGUCCUCAACAAGAUGGGCAGCUCGCAGACGCGGAUUGGCCGCCAGUGUCAGCGCCGCGCGCUCUACCUGAACGAGUACUUCGAGAAGCUGCUACCGUGGGACCAGGCGAAGUGGGAUCGCGCACACACGUACGUGAAGAACACGAGCCUGUGCGCCGAGUACGCGUGGGGUGGCGCCGGGCUGAAGUAUGCUACCGCGUACGGCCGCGCGGUCAACCAGGUCCGGAGGCUGAAGGAGGAAUACGACGCGGUGCUGCAGGAGUGUGACGUGCUCAUCAUGCCUACGGUGCCGUUUACUGCGAAGCGACACUCGAGCCCGGAUGGAGGGCCCUGGCAUACGCACGACCACUAUGCGGGGAUCAUCGCGAACACGUCGCAAUUCAACGGCACCGGGCACCCUGCGCUCUCGAUUCCCAUGGGGGUCGCGCCGCCGACGGAUGAUUUCAUUCUCUCACCUUCGGAUAAGGAUAUUCGCCUUCCAGUCGGUCUGCAGAUCGUCGGUAACCUGUGGGACGAGGGCACCGUCUACCGGGUCGCCGAUGCAUUUGAGCGUUCUGCCGGGGAUUGGAGGCAGAUUGAGGCGGAAAUGUGA